CCUGGCAGGUCAACGUUGUGCUACGACUCGGUAUCUGAUCUUGGUUGGUUAGGCGGGAAUGACAAUCUAAUAGUUAUCCGUGAGCUCAAGAUGGGAACGGGGUCUUCACCUAAUGAGCCUAGUCCUGCUGACGCGGCUGACAUUCCCUCAUGCAUCGGACACAGUCGUCGCACGGGUUCAGAGGCGCCGCGAUUCCAUAGUCACCCUCACAACCAAGAUGAUAUCGACACGUUCAAUUGCGCAUGUCCGGAUAAACUCACCACCUACAAGAAGCUGACAAGCGAAGAUCGCCGGAUUGAGCUUUGUCGUACAUUUGAUGAGCGUAGAUUCGAUGCCAUGAUCUACGGCCAACCUGAUGCACCCAAAUGUGGACGUGAUGAUGCGGCAAAGCCGCUCCACAACGUGACGAAGCGCACAUGACUCUAGUAUGUACAUACAAUAAUGCAGAGCUGUCUGCAACGAAUUGUUCCGUCAACGUAUAUGGCUGCUAUGUACUUAUUGGAGGGAGCAUGUCAG